AUGCUCUACUCCGAAGGAAACCGUCUAAUCUACCGCUACGACGCCGAAGAACUCUGGAUAGAUCCCUGGGGCCCCAACGCAUUUCGAAUCCGUUCUACCAAGGAAUCCCAGUAUCCCGAUCCUUCUGAACUCUGGGCUCUCCAAGAAAUCGACUCUCCAACCCCAACUAUCCAAAUCGAAGAGAAAUCAGCCUCCAUCACCAACGGCUCCAUCCGCGCCACAAUUUCCUCUCGCGGCAAAAUAAUCAUCUACAACGACGAGGGAAAGAUUCUCCUAGAAGAAUACGCACGACAUCGACUCGACGUCACCGAUCCCAAAUGUUCCGCCAUCAACAUCGAAGCACGAGAAUACAAACCCAACCCCGGCGGCAGCUCCACCCACCAUCUAACCCAACGCUUCGAAUCUCAAUCCCGACACGAAAAAAUCUUCGGCAUGGGUCAAUACCAACAUCCCUAUCUCGAUCUCAAGGGACUGGAUCUGGAGCUCGCCCAUCGGAAUUCCCAAGCCAGCGUUCCCUUUGCCAUCUCCUCUCUCGGGUACGGGAUUCUCUGGAAUAAUCCCGGCAUCGGCCGCGCGGUAUUCGGGAAAAAUAUCAUGAGUUUCGAAGCUUAUUCUACUUCCUUUCUCGAUUAUUGGGUUGUGGCUGGAGAUUCCCCCAAGGAAAUCCUACAGCGCUAUGCGGAUGUCACGGGUAAGGUUCCCAUGAUGCCGGAAUACGGAUUGGGGUUUUGGCAGUGCAAGUUAAGGUAUCAGACGCAGGAGGAAUUGUUGCGUGUAGCGCGCGAAUACAAAAAGAGGGAGUUACCGAUUGAUGUUAUUGUGGUUGAUUUUUUUCACUGGCCGCGACAGGGAGAUUGGAGGUUUGAUGAGAGGUUUUGGCCGGAUCCUGAUGCCAUGAUUGGAGAAUUGAAAGAGAUGGGGAUAGAGCUUAUGGUGUCGAUUUGGCCGACUGUGGAUACGAGGUCGGAGAAUUUCGAAGAGAUGCUCGAGAAAGGGUAUUUGGUGAGGACGGAUCGUGGAAUUAGGAUUGUCAUGGAUUUUGAGGGUGAUACGAUUCAUUUUGAUGCGACGAAUCCGGGGGCGAGGAAAUUUAUCUGGGAAAAAGCGAAGAAGAAUUAUUAUGACAAGGGGAUUAAGGUUUUUUGGUUGGAUGAAGCGGAACCCGAAUACACCGCCUACGACUUCGACAACUACCGCUACCAUCGCGGCACCAACCUCUCCAUCGGUAAUACCUACCCCGUCGAAUACGCGCGGGCUUUCUACGAAGGCAUGACCGCCUCAGGCCAAACCAACAUCGUGAAUCUUCUCCGCUGCGCCUGGGCCGGUUCCCAAAAAUACGGCGCGCUAGUCUGGAGCGGGGAUAUCGCUUCCUCGUGGUCUUCAUUCCGCAAUCAACUUACUGCGGGAUUGAAUAUGGGACUGGCGGGAAUUCCAUGGUGGACCACUGAUAUUGGGGGUUUUCAUGGGGGAGAUCCGACGGAUCCGGCGUUUCGGGAAUUGUUUGUGAGGUGGUUUCAGUGGGGGACGUUUUGUCCGGUGAUGAGGUUGCAUGGGGAUCGAGAGCCGAAACAGCCGCAGGUGGGAGAGGGAGGGGGAUCGACGUGUUUGAGUGGUGCGGAUAAUGAGGUUUGGUCUUAUGGGGAAGAGGUUUAUGAAAUUUGUAAGAAAUAUAUGAUGUUACGAGAAGAGAUGAGAGAUUAUACAAGGGGGUUGAUGAAAGAGGCUAGUGAAAAGGGGAGUCCAGUAAUGAGAACUUUGUUUUAUGAGUUUCCGGAGGAUAAGAAAUGUUGGGAAAUCGAGGAACAAUAUAUGUUUGGGCCAAAGUAUUUGGUUUGUCCUGUGUUUGAGGCUGGGGCAAAAAACAUCAAGGUUUAUCUUCCAGCAGGGACAUCUUGGUCGCUGAUUGGUAAAGAGAGAGAUGAAUCCUGGGAAGGAGGGCAUGAGAUUGAAGUGGCUUGUUCCAUUGACACUAUACCUGUAUUCACUAGACAAGAGUAGGAUAAGAGUAAUGUCAAGUUAUAAUUCUCA